CGAGAUGAACGCUAGAUGGCGCUGUUGGUCCGGAAGCGUUCGACUGAAGGUGUCAUCUGUUUCCGGGUUAUCGGGGUCAUAUCAUCCCCUUGUUGGGAGUUGGUCAUGUUGCGCAGUUUUUGUUGCGGUUUAUUGAGGAAUUAUUCGUUCGUGAAGCCUUUGAGGUUCGGUUCUGUGCGUGGAUCCGCGCGGACCUUCUGUGAGGACCAAGUGCAGAGCGACUUUGACGUGUCUCUGCUGGAUUUCCUGGUGUGCCCUCUGUCCAAGAAGCCGCUGAGGUACGAGGCCCAAACGAAUGAGCUGGUGAACGACGAGCUGGGCAUCGCGUACCCCAUCAUCGAUGGCAUCCCCAACAUGAUCCCACAGGAGGCCCGGCUUCUCCAGAAGGACCCCCCGCCCACACAGGAGUAGACCUCUCCCUCACCU